GUAAGUAUAAAUAUAAAAGUACCUUUGAAUUUUUAUUAUAAGUCUCGAGUUUUUACAAGUCCACUCAUUCCUUAUAACUAACUUAUUAAAAUGGGUCUCAUUGAUGGAACAUACAAACACGAAAAAAACGAAAACUUCCUUGAGUUACUGAUCAAAGCAGGACUUCCUGAAGAUCGCGCCAAAAAAGCCGAUGAAGAUAGAGCCACUGUAACGAUAAAGGUUGAUGGAAAGAAAGUGUUAUGGAAAUAUGACGGUUUAAAGAAAUUUGAAGCUACUCUCGUCGUUGGAGAAGAAGUUGAUGAACCUGUUGCCGAAGGCGAAAUGGCUGUUAGUACAACCAAACUAAAUGGCAAUGUUCUAACCGUCGAUUCUGUAGAUAAAAAAGGAAAGGGAACAAUGAACAGGGUGUACACAUUCUCAGAUUCAGGAUUUGUAGCUGUCAUCACUUUGGACACCGGAGUUAAAGCUACUCGUCAUUACAAAAGAAUUUAAAGACUAAUUAAUUAAUUACAAAUAGUUUAAAAACUUUUUUAUUGUAAAAAAAGUUAAUGUUAAUCUUUAGACAUACAAAUAUGUUAUUUUGAUUUUAAUAAAAAAACAUUAUUGUGUGACCUAUUGAAAUAUUUGUAAAAAAUCUUGUACAUUGUUUGUAUAUCAAAAACGAAUAAAAAUUAAAACAGAGAA